CAGAGGCGCGCCGUGCCGCUCCUGCCGGCGCCGGCCCGUGACCGGCGGUCCGGCGACGGGGGCGCGUCGGUGCCGACGGCAGCCGGGCGUCGGCUGUGGCCACAGAGAGUGCGGCUGCGGCUGUGAUCCGUGCAGCGUCUCUGUUGUGAGGCACUGUGAUCACGGUGGUGUUUUGAUCGAGCUUACCUUCGUGCGGUGAUAGUGUAUAGUUGGUGGCCGGCGAGCGCAGCGGUUUGCAGUGCAGUGUCAGAAUGUGUGGUCAAAGUGACCUUUCGGCGGCGGUCCAGUGACCUCAGUGACGGUCUGGUGACCUCACACUGUCGAUCACCAUCGGUGCGACGGCGGAAUGGUGACCCCGGUGCGGUCUCCGCACACCACUGAUCCAUGGUGCAGCUGGGACAGAGUUAUCCUCUCAUGGAGCAUAGACCGUGUGCGGGAUGCCGACGUUUGAGCCGGAGGACAGUCCGUCGGCCGGAGCUCGCACCAUACAGCAGAGGAUCGAACAGCUGAAGUUGGCGGCCGUGACCCCUGAGACGGGCGGCUCUUCUCGGCUGGACAGUACGAGCGGCAGCAGCAACGGCACGUCGCGUCUGAACGGCUCGGCAGCGGCCGCGCACGCCGACAUGGCCAACCCCGACUGCCUGCCGGAGCUGUCGGGCGGCGACGGCGAGACGCUGCACUUCAGCGCCGACCUGCAGUACCACACCCAGUACGAGCGGCAGCAGUCGCCGCCGCCGGCCGGGCCGCAGACCAACGGCGGCGGUCAGCCGCAGCCGCAGCAGCAGCUCAUCAGCCGCACCCAGAAACAGAGCACCACGCAGCAGGUAACGACGGUGACCAAGGUCUACCGGGAGCUGCACCACAUCGGCCCCGACGGCCAGCUGCUGGAGCCGGGCCAGGCGGGCGACUUCAGCGCCUACUCGGCCGGUGGGCCGCCCCAGCACCCUCACAGUCCGUACACCAUGGACCCGUACCGGCCGGCCAGCCCCGGCAGCGAGCAGGGCUCGCGGCGGAACUACGACCCGUACUCGGCGCACGGCGGCUACCGGGACUACGAGCCGUACCCGCCGCCGCCCGAAUACGGCGGCGCCGGCUACGGCCGCGCCGGCUCCGACUACGGCCCCGGCUACGGCCCGGGCGAGGGCUCGCGCGCCGGCGGCUACCCGGACCGGCCGCCGACGCCGCCGUCCCCGUCCGACCGCAGCGACAGCCCGCCGCCUGACAAGGGCGCGCAGAGCGGAUACCCGGCCGGCCACUACCCGCAGUCGGGCUACGACGAGCUGGACUCUACCCUGAUGGCGUCCCGCGGCCAGGACCCGUACGGACCGCCGCUGCUGCCGCCCGGCCACGAGCUGUCGCAGAGCGUCGACUCGGAGCCGGGCCGGCCGCUGUCGCGACAGUCGCGUCAGUCGGGCCGCAGCGCCGCGCCGCGCGCCGUCUUUGACGAGGUGAUCCGGGAUGUGGUGCGCGAGGGCGAGCAGCACGCCCGGCCGGGCUCGGCGCUCAGCCAGCAGAAUGUUCGGUUCCGCGACCCGGACCUGCACGAGGUCAUCAACUUCCUCAGCAACCCCAACAACGUGGUGAAGGCCAACGCGGCCGCCUACCUGCAGCACCUCUGCUACAUGGACGACCCGAUGAAGCAGAAGACGCGCGCGCUGGGCGGCAUCCCGCCGCUGGUGGUGCUGCUCUCGCAGGACAUCCCCGAGGUGCACCGCAACGCCUGCGGGGCGCUCAGGAAUCUGUCGUACGGCCGGCAAAACGACGAGAACAAGCGGGCCAUCAAGAACGCGGGCGGUGUACCGGCACUGAUCCGGCUGCUGCGGAAAACGCCAGAGAACGAGAUCAAGGAGCUGGUCACGGGCAUCCUCUGGAACCUCUCCAGCUGCGAGGACCUGAAGCGGACCAUCAUCGACGACGGCCUGACGGUGCUGGUCAACUACGUGAUCAUCCCGCACUCGGGCUGGAACCGCGGCAGCGCGCACAGCGAGCCCGUCAUGGACGUCUUCUGGUCGACCGUCUUCCGAAACGCCACCGGCGUGCUCAGGAACGUGAGCUCUGCCGGCGAGUACGCGCGGAAAAAGCUGCGCGAGUGCGAGGGCCUGGUGGACGCGCUGCUCAUGGUCAUACGCUCGGCCAUCGGCAAGUCCAACAUUGACAACAAGUGCGUGGAGAACUGCGUGUGCAUCCUGCGCAACCUGAGCUACCGCUGCCAGGAGGUGGAGGACCCCAACUACGACAAGCAGGCGGCGCCGCCGGCCGGCCGGCCCACCGCCGCCGCCGGCGCCAGAGACCCGGGUGAGAACGCCGGCUGUUUCGGCGGAAAGAAGCGCCGGGACGGUGCGGGCGGCGCGGCGGACGGCCUGCUGCCCGGCGGCGGCACACCGGCCGGGCCGGGCGGCGCCAGCCGGCGACACCUGCCGCUCAAAGGCAUGGAGCUCCUCUGGCAGCCGGAUAUCGUCCAGCCGUACCUGAGCCUGCUCUCGGACUGCUCGAACCCGGAGACGCUGGAGGCGGCGGCCGGCGCCAUCCAGAACCUGGCCGCCUGCUACUGGCAGCCCAGCGUCGACAUGCGCGCCGCCGUGCGCAAGGAGAAGGGUCUGCCCAUCCUGGUGGAGCUACUGCGCAUGGAGGCCGACCGGGUGGUGUGCGCAGUGGCCACCGCGCUGCGCAACCUGGCCAUCGACCAGCGCAACAAGGAGCUCAUCGGAAAGUACGCGAUGCGCGACCUGGUGCAGAAGCUGCCGUCUGGCAGCGCGCAGCAGGACCAGGCCACCUCGGACGACACAGUGGCCGCCGUGCUCGCCACGCUCAACGAGGUCAUCAAAAAGAGCGCCGAGUUCACCAGGUCUCUGUUCGAGCUGGACGGCGUGAAGCGGCUGCACGUCAUCACCGGCCACCGGCACCGAUACAGCUCGCGCGUCAUCAAGUUCGCCUCGCAGCUGCUCUACUCGAUGUGGCUGCACCAGGAGCUGCGCGACGUCUACCGAAAGGCCGGCUACAAGGAGAACGACUUCGUCACCAAAUCCGUGGCCGCCCGGAACACGAACCCCAACUCUCCGAGCAAUACCAACAGCACGCUGAACCGGCCCAUGGCCAGCCAGGGCGGCACAAAGUACGAGGACCGCACCAUGCCGCGCGGCGCCUCGGCCGCCGGCGGCAACGGCACCUACGGCCGGCCGCGGCCGCCGCCGCCCGACGGCGAGCACAUCGCGCUCGGCGAGCUACCCGGCUACGAGCCGCGGCCGCCGCCGCCCGGCGGCGUGCGCAUGUACCCGCCGCCGGGGGGCCGCCAGCCCGGAGAGCCCGUCUACGCCCAGGUGAACCGCGACAAGAAGGCCCGCCAGCAGGCCGGGCCGGCCGCCGACUACGAGCACCAGCCCGGUCCGGGCGAGGUGUGGGGCUACCGGGACGAGCCGGCCGGCGGCGGCGGCGGCGGCGGCGGCGCGCCCGCCGGCGACUCGUGGGUGUAGCGGCCGCAGGGACCGGGACCGGGACCGGGGGACCGUGUCAGUGACGGUGACGGACGGACAGACCGCUCUGCCGGCCGCCGCCGGCGGACGGCAGCCGGGCGCGCACAGUGACCGUGCCGCGGCACCGGCCCAGCCCGCGCCGCUAGAGACAUCUAGCGCCAGCGCGGCGCACUAUGGCACGCCGCAGUGCGGAGCUCCAGCCAAAUGCGACAAAUGUACUUACAACUUACAAGUGACUUUAAGCAUUUGCAAUUAUUUGCGACGUUUGGUUUGUAAGGCAUUUUUUUCAUGUGAGAUGCACAUCUAUUUAUUGGUCUUUUGGACGAGGGUCGAGCUGCAUUCCUUGGUCUGCACCGUUUGAUUCAGAGUCCCUAUUGGUGUAUGGUUUGGCGCCGUGUGUGAUCAGUGCGAACACGGCCAUGGAUCAUGGAAUCUCUCUAUUGAGUCUGCUCUGUGGAGGAUGCUGGCCGGCCUGCAGCGUUGUAAUCUCAUGAUUCAUCAGUACCUGCACCGCAGCUUACUAUUUUUGUCAUUCCAUAUACAUCUAUACAUAUAUAUGAUGUUGCUCCGUAGAGACUGUUCUAUCAUCCUCUUUACCAGGCGAAGGCCGCUCACAUUUGUACUCGGGUUGGCGCCUAGGCGCAGCUAAUGUAAAUGUUUGCCGCUGUUCGAUUGGUGUAGACGUUGUAGCUAGGUCAGAUCUGAAAUGAACUCUUCGGUUUCUGGAAUCUGUAUGCAUGUGAUCGUGAAGUUUUUAUCCUCUUUUGCUACUGGUAGGCAUGUAAAUAUUUAAACAGACCGUUCUUGACGAAUGUAUUUGGGAUUUUGUAAUAAACAAAAUGUGCUUCGGAUGAAAA